UUCUAAUCAAUAGUCAUAACAUAACUUCUAGAUCGGUUCAUUAUCCAAACAGCCCGUGGUGUUUCUGUGAUUAGCCCAUGCAGCAUACGUUGACAUAUAUAAAAGGUAGCAUACUGUACACAGUUGUAGGCUAUACAGCUCCGCCCACUUUGAGUGUGUGCCUUUCCGUGUCAUUUUGAUUGGUCAGCUACAUGUUUUCCGUUUUAAAUUUGUGCUUUAACCGGAAGCUGUAGAAAUAAUAAAAAAACAAAAGCCGACAACACGCUUUAAACCCAUCAGCUAUCGUCAGUCUAUAGCUAGCUAAAAUAGUCAAAACAAUCUCCUUGUUUGACAGCACAUAAAUCAAAUUUUGCAAAGCGGUAGCGUUAGCUAGUUGACUGAAGCUCCUGUAUUUCACCAUGAAAGGAACUGCUAAAAGCAAGGUGGUGACAUCAGGGAGGCUGACCGGAGGAGUCAAAGGGCAGCUGGCCAGGAGACGAGUGACUCCAAAACCAGGACCAGCAGCCUGCCCUGAGCCAGCCUACUCUCUGUACUCCACAGACUCUGAAGACCAGGUUACUUCUCUCCAUAAGGGUCUAGACCGGUGUGCUGCCUUGCUCAGUGGCAUCCUUCAGGCUGAGAAGACGGCUUUGCCAGGCCUUCCCAAAGCAGUGAAGGGUGGAGCAGCUAAAUCAAGAGCAUCUACCUCACGAAUAAAGAAAACCAUCAAGAAUACAGCACAUUUCAAACCAAACUGCCGCCCACGGGGACAAGCUCUAGACCAGAAGAGCUGUCCGUCAGGCAGCACAGCUCCAAGAACAACUCCUCCGUCCGCUGUCCCGGCUGCACACUCGCAAGUGAAGCUCCGCCCACCUCAGCUGCAGUCUCACGUCCCGUCUUCACCCGGCCAAACGCUGCAGCGUCUCCCUGCCACCAACCACCCUCCGCCCAAGCCCCGGACCUCCGUCUCCCCACCCCAGCCCUCGAUCCCUCCACCUCAGCCCGACCCUCACUCGGGCCGGCCGCCUCCCCCCCAGACCGACUGCCAGGCUGCUUCUGAAGCUCCGCACCCACGUUGUCAGGCCGAGCGCGAUCGAGAAGAGGAGUUUGUUCCCGUGAGAGACAUCGAUACCCAAAGCACUGCCGCGGACCCCCACGCAGCCGUCAGACACGCACCCUCGCACGUAAACGCCUGCACCUCGAAGAUGUCGAACAUGCAGCUAGAGCUCGGAAAAGUCAAUGCCGUCCCUCAGGACCCGCACGGCGGGGAGGAGCGCCGUGACGCACGCAGCGGGAAGGACUGCAGCGCGGAGAAAGAAGGGAAAUGCAAGCAUCUGCUUGCAGAACUCAAGGCUCUGAUCUCCGGACAAGGCAGUGUAGCAGAGAGGCUGCUCAGUCAUCUGGAGCAGACGGUGUCUUCACCACUGAUGAACGCUGGCGGGUCGAGCAUCCCGACUGCACCAGACCUAUCAUCCCUACACAGCCAGAACACUCGGCUCCGCAGACGUGUGAGGAUUCUUAACCAGCAGUUAAAGGAGAAGGAGAAAGCUGAGAGGCAACAGAAUAUGGAUACACUCUUUAACUCAGAAGAGUUGACUUUGCAGGAGGAUCUCACGAGCGCUCAGUCCCGACUGCAGGAACUCCAGGAUGACCUCGCAGAACUACGGAAAGCCCUUCAGGACACACAGAGACGGCUGACAGACAGAGAAGCAGAUAAUGCAGUCAUCAAAACAGACUUGGAGGCCACUAGAAGCAGGUUGCUGGACAGUGAGCGAGAGAAGAGGGAGUUGGCUUCACUUGCCCAGCAAAGACUGGAAGAGAUAGGAAACCUUAAAAGGAUUCUUCAGAAUCAGGAGUCAUUAAAUUGUCCUCCAGCUGUUGACAGCUCAGUCUUAGACACUGUGCCAACAAAACAUUUAAACCAAAACCGGCACAGACAGGAUCCAGUAGAUCCCCCCACUGACCGCAUCACCCAGUUCCUGAUGUCUCUGGAUCAGCUGGAGCCUGGAACACACACCGAGCACGCGUACGCGGCCGCAGAGAGGGAAGGAAACGCACCGGAGCAGAAGAAACCGAACUCCGUCCGGCUGAGAGACGCAUUCUCGCAUCCUGAGGUCCGACCUCAGCCAGGCGACAAACCCGAAGACCCGGCCCGUCACCAGAACUCUCAUCUCGACCAAUCGCGUUGUUUAGACGAAGGCCAGUCGUGCGGGUGGCGCCUGGAGAAGAAGCGCAGACGCGCGUUGAACGCCACGCUGUCCCAGUGCGACGUGGAAUCUGUGUGGUCUGAAUGGAGCGCGAGGUCAGGGUCGACCUUUGAUACCAGAGACGAGGUAGCGUUCAGGGACGGCCUGGCAGCUCUGGACGCCAGCAUAGCCAGUCUGCAGAAGACUAUUCAACUGGAUCUGGGGAAGUGAUUCCCACUCCGCUUUGCUUAUAUUAUAUAUUGUAAUUCAUACCCUCUUUUGUAUUCUGUAUUUUGCCUUUUUUUUUGUGUGAUGAUUUUAACAAGUGAUAUUUCAGAUAGGAAAUAAAGCAUUUUAAAUUA